AAGAAAUUAGUUGUUAACUUUUGUUUGAAGUCAACACAAAAUGAAAUUUUUGAUUGUUUUUGCUUUGGCUUUAGCCGUCGUCUCUGCUGAUGUGCCAGUGCAUCCUAAGGAUUUGCCAGCUUCUGGCGUUCCAGAAGGACGCAUCACCAAUGGCAAGACUGCAACUGCUGGACAAAUCCCAUAUCAAGUUGGUUUGAGUUUUUCAAGCAGCUCAGGUGGCUGGUGGUGUGGCGGUUCCUUGAUUGAAUCCACAGUUGUUUUGACUGCAGCUCAUUGUACAAGCGGUGCCUCAGCUGUUACUGUAUACUUGGGUGCCACCCAACGCACAAAUCCUAAGCAAUCUUUCACUGUUAACAGUUCCAACUUCAGACAACACUCAAGUUAUAAUUCACUUACUUUAAGCAAUGAUAUUUCUAUUAUCAUCAUACCAGCAGUGAGCUUAUCAUCAGAUAUUAACACCGUUGCAUUGCCAGCGGUUGCUUCAUCCUACUCUACUUAUUCCGGAGACAAUGCAAUGGCUUCUGGCUGGGGUUUGACCAGUGACAAAGCCACCGCCGUGUCUAGCAAUUUACAAUACGCUACAUUGAAAGUCAUUGACAACAGCGUUUGCCAAAAAACUUAUGGUAGUCUUACAGUCACCUCGAAAACUAUCUGCACUGCUACAACAGACGCCACAUCAACUUGCAGUGGUGACUCCGGUGGUCCAUUGGUCUUGUCAUCAUCCAAGGUGCUUAUUGGUGUUACUUCUUUCGUUUCAUCUAAAGGCUGUGAAUCUGGUAAUCCAGCUGGUUUUGUACGCGUUACCUCAUACUUGGACUGGAUCAAAGCAAAUAGUAAAUGAUUUCCCAAUAAAAUUAAAAUAAAAAAUUUUUGAGAUAUACAAGUAUA